AUGAACAAAUCUAUUAUUGUAUUUCUCGCUCUGGCUUUGUAUGUUACGACACUUUUAGCCACACAAAGGGAAAGGAAUAUUAAUAAUCAUUUUACAAAUGAAACUGAUGUAGAUCCACAAAUAGUUAUUGCUAUGAAUAAACCCUCCAUUAUGAAUAACUUCAAUACUUAUGAAAAUAAUGAGGAUCAAAUGAACGAAGAAAAAGCUAAGGCAGAAAAUUUUAUAAGGGCCGCGAAGGAAUUCCUACAUAUAAUCGAAGAAAAUAAAAAUGAAUUACUAGGAUAUAACAUAGCUAAGGAGCUUGGUUUAGAAAUUAAAACCGAAAUUAUGAAUGGAAAUGAUGAAAAUGUUUUAAAAUUAUUAUUAAAUAAUAAAAAUGAUGAAUUACAAAACACAAAACCAGGUGUCGCACCUGUAAUAGUAAUGCUGCCCCAACCCUUAUCUAAUGAGGAAUUGCUUUACUACAAUAAUUACAACAUUUUCAAGAAAAAUGUUAAAAACACAAAUAAUUUAUUAUUGAAAGUUUCCUAUUUGGAAAAAUUAGCAAAAAUUAAAAGUAUAAACAAAAACGAAGCUAUUGAUGAAUUAGAACAAACAGCAGAGACUAUAGAAAGGUGCCUAUCACGGAAGCAAGCUAUUGAAGACAAAUUGGAGGAAAUACUACAUGCCGAUUAUCAGAUGAACAACAAAAACAUUAAACGGUUGAAAGGCGAAAGGAACUUUUUAAAUAUCAAAAUAAAUGUUUUGAAACAAAAGACCAAGAAAUUACAUCUUGUGAAUUAA